AGCUUUGGGUCAUGCAAACGGGAUACCGCGCCGUCCAGAGGUGUGGCUCGAUGGCCGGCAGAGAGGUGGAGCCGGCAAGAGGAGGUGCGCUGCGGAGCAUCCCAAGACCAUUGGUAAGAGGACAGCGAUCCUUUGUUCCAUCUUUGUCCUUAGCGGCGCUGCUGAGUGUCUUGUACACUUGGGCUUCUCCGACUUCAUGGGUAUCAAGGCACGCGGCAUCAAAUGAGGCCAAGAAGCAUUUGCUUGGCAGUGCAGCCUUUGGCAGCUGAGAUGUCGGAGGUGUUCAAGCGCUGCGUAGAAGACUAUUCUCCUAACGAUCCCAACGAGGAUUUUCACGAGGGGCCACCUCCAACUGGUUUCAGAAACCUGACAGAGUGCAUACGGCCGUACCACCCAAAUCCUCAGUGGCAGCUUUUUCCUGGAGAAGUGGGAAGCUUCGAGCGGGAUCAGAAGAUUUGCUCCAUGUACACAUUAGCCACAGGUUUAUUCAGAGACAUUAACGCAUGCAUCAGAAACGACAAUGAAGACGGAUUGCGACGCUUAGCUCCCAUGAUCUGGGAAAUUAGAGAGGUCUUGCGUUUCGAGACGGCCAAGAUUUGCAAGCCAGAUGGGCGCAAGUGCAAGCCCUUUAUGGGAAAGUGCUUGCGUGGCCUCGAGGUCCCAGAAAAAGAGGUAGAAAAGUGGGCCGCCCUUUACAAGGCCGGAACUGAAUUCGUUUGGCCGGCCUUUACCUCCUGUCAGCUGGAAGACGGAGGUUUGUGGCCCUUUGACGGAAACCUGAACUUUGAGAUUGAGUGCAACAUUGAUCCCAGCAAACUUGACACCCCUGAAGUGUUUGCACCUCUUAGCAUAAAGCGUUUCAUCGGUGGGUCCAAUGAAGUGCUUUUUCCUCCGCAGACCAAGUUCAGAGUCAAGGAGGAGAAAGAUGUGCAACGGGUGACUGAGAAUGACGAGACUAGAGACGUUCACACACGUGUGCUGGAAGUCAUUGAACUGCCAGUCCCGCAUGUGACUGGUGAGAGGCGACGAUAGCCACAACUCCCCCGUCAAGUGCGGUGCUUCGAUCCAAAGGAUGGUGAUGGAGCACUUCCGAAUCGGCGAAGGAGGAGAUGUUAGACGUUUGGAAAGAGAACGUAACUUACACUCUUAGACAUAGACAGAAUUGGAGGCAGUGGCUCAGAAAAA